AUGAUUUCGAGAGCCGGACAAUCUAUCUUACGCCAGGCGCGUACUCAAUUACGAUCACAAGCUAGCUACACACCAGUAGCUUCCAUCUCGGCACUCGCAAGAUUAUUAUCCUCGCUGGCCGUCCUGGAACAAAGGGAAGGCAAACUUAACCAUGGAUCACUUGGAGCAGUCACCGCAGCACAAAAACUAGGGGGAUCAAUAACUGCGUUUAUCGCGGGAAGCAACAUCAAGUCCGUAGCUGGGGAGGCAGCUAAAGUUGCAGGAAUCGAGAAGAUUAUUGCGGUAGAUAAUGCUGCAUAUGACAAGGGUCUGCCAGAAAACUAUGCUCCUUUAUUGGUAGAAAAUAUCAAAAAGGGUGGCUUUACACACAUCAUUGCCGGACACACAGCUUUUGGAAAGAAUCUCAUGCCCCGCGUAGCAGCAUUACUCGAUGUCCAACAAGUGUCUGAUAUUACAGGGAUAAAAAACGAGAAUACUUUCGUUAGACCAAUCUAUGCUGGUAAUGCAAUUGCCACUGUCGAAUCUUCAGACGCAAUCAAAAUUAUUACUGUUAGAGGAACUGCUUUUGCUGCAGCAGCAGCCGAGGGGGGCUCGGCAUCAAUCGAGGAUGGUGUAGAUCCCAAGGUUGAAUCGCCCACGGAAUGGGUAUCGGAGGAUCUUGCAAAAUCAGAUAGACCGGACCUUGCUACUGCCGGUAAGGUAGUAUCUGGGGGGCGAGGAUUGAAAUCGAAAGACGAGUUUGACAAGAUAAUGUUGCCCUUGGCGGAUGCCUUAGGAGCAGCCAUUGGGGCAUCAAGAGCAGCUGUAGACAGUGGAUAUGCCGACAACAGUCUGCAGGUCGGCCAAACUGGAAAGGUUGUAGCACCACAACUGUACUUGUGCGCAGGUAUUUCUGGUGCUAUUCAACAUCUGGCAGGAAUGAAGGAUAGUAAGGUCAUUGCAGCAAUCAAUAAAGAUGCGGAUGCGCCGAUUUUUCAAGUAGCUGAUGUUGGGCUGGUUGGGGAUCUGUUUGAUAAGGUUCCAGAACUCACCGAGAAGUUAAAGAAAUAG